AUGCCCCGCCAUGGGUGCCAGACCGACGCAAGGCCCUUCGCCAUGGGCGCCUCCCUCAGGGCCGCGCUCACUGACCACUUCCGCCUCGGAGCCGCGCGCCGCCAUGACGCUGCAGAAUAUGUCCCAGAAAAAGUCAAGAAAGCUGAAAAGAAACUAGAAGAAAAUCCAUAUGACCUUGACGCUUGGAGCAUUCUGAUUCGAGAGGCACAGAAUCAACCUAUAGACAAAGCACGGAAGACCUAUGAACGCCUUGUUGCCCAGUUCCCCAGUUCUGGCAGAUUCUGGAAACUGUACAUUGAAGCAGAGAUUAAAGCAAAAAAUUAUGACAAAGUGGAAAAGUUAUUUCAGCGAUGCCUUAUGAAGGUUUUACACAUUGAUUUAUGGAAAUGUUACCUUUCCUAUGUACGAGAAACCAAGGGGAAGCUACCUAGUUACAAAGAAAAAAUGGCUCAGGCAUAUGAUUUUGCUCUGGAUAAGAUUGGCAUGGAAAUCAUGUCAUACCAGAUCUGGGUGGAUUACAUCAAUUUUUUGAAAGGCGUAGAAGCAGUAGGAUCUUAUGCAGAAAACCAGAGGAUAACAGCUGUCCGUAGGGUUUACCAGCGUGGUUGCGUGAAUCCAAUGAUAAACAUAGAGCAGCUCUGGAGAGAUUAUAACAAAUACGAAGAGGGCAUCAAUAUUCACUUAGCUAAGAAGAUGAUUGAAGACAGGAGUAGAGAUUAUAUGAACGCACGGCGUGUAGCAAAGGAAUACGAGACAGUGAUGAAAGGUCUGGACCGCAACGCUCCCUCUGUCCCCCCACAAAACACCCCCCAAGAGGCUCAGCAGGUAGACAUGUGGAAGAAAUACAUCCAGUGGGAAAAGAGCAAUCCUCUGCGUACAGAAGAUCAAACUCUCAUAACAAAAAGAGUUAUGUUUGCCUAUGAGCAAUGCCUUUUGGUUCUGGGACAUCACCCAGAUAUCUGGUAUGAAGCUGCACAGUAUCUUGAGCAAUCCAGUAAACUGCUAGCUGAGAAAGGGGACAUGAACAAUGCUAAACUUUUCAGUGAUGAGGCUGCUAAUAUUUAUGAAAGAGCGAUCAGCACUUUAUUAAAGAAGAAUAUGCUUCUUUAUUUUGCAUAUGCAGAUUAUGAAGAGAGUCGAAUGAAGUAUGAGAAAGUACACAGCAUAUAUAACCGACUCCUGGCCAUUGAAGACAUUGAUCCCACUCUGGUUUAUAUCCAAUAUAUGAAAUUUGCAAGGCGAGCAGAAGGCAUAAAAUCUGGAAGAAUGAUAUUUAAGAAAGCGAGAGAGGAUGCCCGGACCCGCCAUCACGUCUAUGUUACAGCAGCUUUAAUGGAGUAUUAUUGUAGUAAGGAUAAAUCUGUGGCCUUUAAGAUUUUUGAGCUAGGGCUGAAAAAAUAUGGGGACAUUCCAGAAUAUGUACUGGCAUAUAUCGACUACCUUUCUCACCUUAAUGAGGACAAUAAUACAAGAGUUUUGUUUGAACGUGUUUUAACUUCAGGGAGCCUUCCACCUGAGAAAUCUGGGGAAAUCUGGGCUCGGUUUUUAGCUUUUGAAAGCAACAUCGGUGAUCUGGCUAGUAUUCUGAAAGUCGAAAAACGGCGGUUUACAGCAUUCAAGGAAGAAUAUGAGGGUAAAGAAACAGCUCUGCUGGUAGACAGGUACAAGUUCAUGGAUUUGUACCCUUGCUCUGCGAGCGAACUGAAGGCCCUUGGUUACAAGGACGUCUCCCGUGCCAAGCUGGCAGCCAUAAUUCCCGACCCGGUGGUCGCUCCUUCCAUCGUGCCUGUUCUCAAGGAUGAAGUAGACAGAAAACCCGAAUACCCAAAACCGGACACUCAGCAAAUGAUUCCAUUUCAGCCAAGACACUUGGCACCUCCAGGUUUACAUCCUGUCCCAGGUGGUGUAUUUCCUGUUCCACCAGCAGCUGUAGUUCUCAUGAAGCUCCUGCCACCUCCUGUUUGUUUUCAGGGUCCCUUUGUUCAAGUGGAUGAGCUCAUGGAGAUAUUCAGAAGAUGCAAACUGCCAGACACUGUCGAUGAAGCCGUACGGAUAAUCACCGGAGGCCUACCUGAAAUAGCUGUGGAAGGCAACGGACCUGUGGAAAACAACGCAAUGCUCAAUAAGGCUGUUAAGAGACCACACGAGGAUUCUGACGACGACGAGGAGAAAGGGUCUGUGGUUCCCCCUGUACACGACAUUUACAGAGCACGACAGCAAAAGCGAAUCCGGUGAAACAAGUCUGGAGUUCUGCUGUGACAGACAAAGACUUUCAUUGAGUCCGUCAGUCUCUUAAAAGUCAAACAUUUAAAAGGGACAGCUGCAAACAAACAAACAAAAAAAUCUUGAAAAUGGUUUUGUUACUGUGGUGCCUCUUCUCCCAUAUGGUUCUUGAUCCGAAAACAGCCAGAACAACCUUAGAACGUGCUCUGAACAAAACUAGGUUUGCAAAACCAAAAGUGCAAAAUGGCAAAACUUGCAUUUUUUUCUUCAAGGGUGUUCACAUCUACCACUUGAAAUCUUGUGGGUUUUCAACAGUUUUAUUUUAAAAACUGGAUGGCUUAUACUUGUGAAGCAUUUUUAAUUCACAUUUUCUGGAAAACAGUUGUUCUCAGUUUGUUCAUGUAGUGUCCUGCCUUACUGUUCGUUUUUAUUUAUGGCAGAAUGUAUGAAAUCUGUUUUGUAGUUGAAAAUGGAAGAAAACAUUCCUUUAAAAUAAAAGGAUAUCCAUAACAUCAUGCCUCAUUCUGGUUUUAUUCAAACACGACAAGUUACUUCUUAAAUAUUACUCAGCCACUUCAAAAGCAAUGUUAAUAGAGACCAUCGCAGGAAAUUGAUCAGAGCAUACAUAUUAGAAUUAGCUUUUUUUUUUCCAUUUUUUCUAGAGGAUACGGUAUACUUUUGCUUUUAAUUCCAUGACUGUUUAAAGAAGACAGCAUCGUAAGACAAACUCGGUACAUAUUUCUACUGUGGAUUGUCCAGGAGCACCAGCUAACACAGUCUGUUCCUGGAUCACUGCACUGGUCUUCCACUUAAAGUACAAAGCUAAAUGUCAAUAUAUCAGCUACACAGUUUAACCUGUUAUUUUCAAACAAGCUAACAAAAACACUAUAUGAACUUCCAAAGCGGUUUCUAUGCAUACUGUAGAUUUUAACGUGUCAUUGACCUUGAGGAUCUUCCUCCCCACAUCCUUGAGAUCAUCCCCUACAGCUUCUAAAUUUUUGUAGUACACAAAAUUCACAGGGGCCUUUAAAGGCAGCUUCUAGGCAAUACUAAGAUAUAAAAUAACAGCAGCAAUUUAUUUUCUGCAACUCUCAUUUAACAAAAACGAAAACAGAUUUGUCUCGGUUAUUUAUUUUUUUAUGUCUAUCUCUAGCAAUAAUGUUUCUGGUAGCGCUUUUGUUACGCAGACUACGGCCUUAAUUUUUUGGAGCUGCAGAGCUAGAGGCUGUGUUUUGAGGUGGAUCCUGCACUAAGAACAAAGUCCAGUAAGCAGAUGCAGCAAUUUUGAAGACCUCCGUUGUACCCUUUGCUGAUUCAAGCAAUGAAACAGACCACAGCAAAAACCUACUCGGAACUUUGUUAUCUGACUAACCAACCUAGUCGGUUUUGAGUUAUCAAAGAAAGAUUCAGAAACAGGCAUCCAGUUUACUAUCAGAGUACGUUUAGCCAGGAGCAAAAUCACUUGUCUGAGCUGGUGAUCCCUUAACAGGGUUUUGUGGUGGUUCUUUGUUUUUUUUUCUCUCGCUUGGGGAAGCAAAAAAAUGAAUGAGAGAAGAUCUGUUUUAUAGUUGCAUAGGCUAAUACAGAAUGAAAGCUUUUACUCAUUCCACCUUCCUCCAAACUCAGGGCAUCUUGAUCCAUGCUGACGUUUAAAGGAAAAGUGGAAAGGGAAGCGCUAACACUGAUUCAUAAUCAAGGGCCUCCUUCUAGAAGUUCUAUUAUUUCAGCUGACUAGUUGAUUAAUAAAAUGAACCUGGAUGUUAGCAAUAAAAGGGCCCUUCACUUAUUUUACAUAACUUGUUGUUUGGUUUUUUU